CGUCAGAGAGAUAUGCGGAAGUAGCCGAGCUGGCCCGUCUCUGACUCGGGUACCUGCGCGCGCUGGUUGUUUCUCUGGAUCCGUCUCUACGGAGGCCGAUGUUCUGCUGGUGGCCGCUCGACUUCUUCUCAUCGGGCGCAGAAACUCACGUACUCUCGUAGCCACCGAACCACGGCAUUAGGGAGCGGGCGCUUGUCUGCACUCACGACACCAUGGACUCCACUAGUCAAGACAUUAACCUCAACUCUCCCAACAAAGGCCUGGGGUCGGACCUUCCAGCUCAGGGAGCUGCCGGUAUUGCCUCCAGUAACGCCACCAGCACUCUGCCACCGGGCCUGACAGAAGAAGAGGCACAGGAACUGAGGACUGAGCUUGCGAAGGUGGAGGAGGAGAUUCACACCUUACGGCAAGUGCUGUCCGCCAAGGAGAGGCACGCGGCCGACCUGAAGCGGAAACUGGGCCUGAAUCCACUCAAUGAGCUCAAGCAGAACCUCAGCAAGAGCUGGCAGGACGUCCAGGCCUCCAACGCCUAUGUGAAAACCGCACAGAAACUUGCCGAGUGGAACGAGGCGUUUACCGGCUCCCACUUAUAUCUCACAGCGUCGGCCACUUUGGAGGACAUUAGCCAAUCAGAAGCGUACAAGAAGACUCAGGAAACUCUGUCUCAGGCCGGCCAGAAGACCUCCGCCGCCCUAUCCACCAUGGGCACCGCCAUCAGCAGGAAACUGGGCGACAUGAGAGCCCUGCCUUUCUCACACUCGCUUAGCGGUUACUCCAUACGCCACUCGAUAAGUAUGCCGGCUAUGAGGAACUCUCCAACCUUCAAGACAUUUGAGGACAAAGUCGGCAACAUAAAGUACAAGAUGGUCGGCAACCGUGGCCCUGAUGAGGGAGCACAGUCCCCAACUGCGCCAAGUGGCGUGCAGGACGGUGCCCCCUUCUGAAGCGGCUCUCUCCGUGGGACCCCAAACCCCCCCGGCACCAACUUACUAAAAGCAUAGGCAGAUGUCAUCUCACUGUAAAACACAGGAGUACACUGUCACAUCUCCGCCGGUUGUAAAAAAAAUAAAUAAAUCAGAGAUAUAUUUGACCGUUUUGUAAUAUGAACUAUUUUACACUGCUUUGCGUAAUGUUUUUACAUAACUUUUAUCUGUAGAUCUAUAUAUAAAAUGACUAUUUACAAAGUUCUGCCGGCUGGUGUUCGUUGGGGGUUGAGGGGCUGAGAUUUACCGAAGAAAUUGAAACUUAAAAGUAUAUAUAUAUAUAUUUAGAAAUAUUAAUAUAGGAAUUCCUCUCCAUUUUUGUAACUUGAAACAUCUGCAUCUUCAUCUUGUGGUUUUUAUUUCUUUAUUUUUCUUUUGUUCAUCCCUGGUUACCUUGUGAAACAGCCAUCUGCCGCCCGCCAAAGCACAGUGACAUCACUCCACCGACCUUGCGCAGUUCCACUUUGCUUCAGGAGGGCAGGGCUGCUUUGAGAGUUUCUGGAGAAAGUCCGAGGGCAUGGCUUAGGCAUGCUACUAUAGGGGUAGGCGCUAGCUUCGUGCCGUAUGCUAAUCGGUAGCUUUAAGGUGGAGGAAGCUGUUACAGUUAAACCGUUCUGCUCGUGCGUCUGCUGUGAGGAAGCAGUUCGCGUUCUGGCAGAUCCAACUUUGCCGACUGACGCUUCUUCUCAUGGAAAGCGUGCAGAGCUCCUUCUGCUUGCUAGUGUGUUGUCUUCACUUUGAAUGUAAUGUCUGGUUUUGGUUAAGGUUGGCGAUGGCCAAUUGAAGCGAACCAAUUGCUGUUUUCUGACACCACUAGGUGGUGCUCUCUUUUUUUAGAAAGGGCUCAAUUCAUGCCCCAAAGGAAACCAAGAGCAGCGUCCAGUGAGGACAAAAAAAAAUUCAGAAAAUGGCUCAUGGAGCUUCGUUUGGCCAUCACUAGUUUAGGUUCUGAUUUUGAUGUCUUGGUCUCUUGUGGGUGUAUAGUUCAGUUGUUUCAUUCUGUUUUGUUUUUGGGAGAUUUGCAUGAAGCGGCCAUAUUGGGGGGGAUGACCUUGCUGCCAAUAAUUUUGUAAUCCGUUUACUUUUGCAUGUUUGGGAGCUUUUCUGUGCCACCGAGAGAAGACGCCCAUUUAACUUGCUUGGCAUCGAGCUGCCAAUGUGAUGACGGUGUGAAACACAGUACACUAUGCUAACAGUGAACCUGUACCAAAUUACGAUUUAUAUACUAGCCCACGUAGGUGCAAUAAUGAAAUGGGAGCUUCAAUGGGUUGAUGGUGGCUGUAGGAAUGAAUGGCAUUCAGAUGUUUCUUCGGGAUAGGAAACGGCACUGGAAUUGUGAAGUGGCUGUCUCGUUUCCAUCACUCAUAAGAAUAUCAUUAAAGCAUUCGUUUAAGCUCUA